CUCAGGCUUCUCUUGGGGGAGGAAAAGAGGAGGGGCCUGAGAGAGAGAGAGAGAGAGAGAGAGAGAGAGAGAGCAUCAAAACUCUUCUGUAACUUCCAUUGCCGAGAGAGAGAGAGAGAGCAUCAAAACUCUUCUGUAACUUCCAUUGCCAAGACUUUGUGCCAUCUCUAACUAUGGGAUGGCAAAGCUUUCGACCCAACUCAAAACCCUCACCGACCUCGCCAUCUCCAACCUCAUCCAAUCCUGCACCCAAUCCCAAUCCCUCACCUCUCUCCAAGCACUCCAUGCCCAAAUCCUCAAAACCCAUUUCUCAUCCCAAACCUUCAUCCUCAACCGCCUCAUUGAUUCCUACUCCAAAUGCGGCUCCCUCGAACACGCCCGCAAACUGUUCGAUGCAAUUCCCCAACGAAACACGUUCUCUUGGAACGCCGUUAUCUCUGCGUUCACCCGCGCGGGCAAUCUCGAAGAAGCCCGACAGCUCUUUCUUGCAAUGCCGGACCCGGAUCAGUGCUCCUGGAGCUCGAUGGUUUCGGGGUUUGCCCAACAUGCCCGCUUCGAGGAAGCCCUUGAUUUCUUUGAGUCAAUGCAUGGGGAUGAUUUUUAUAUGAAUUCGUAUUCGUUGUCGAGUGCGCUGAGUGCGUCUGCGGGGUUGAUGGAUUUGAGUGCUGGGGUUCAGAUUCAUGGGUUGGUUUCGAAAUUGUCUUUGGCUUGUGAUGUGUUUAUGGGAAGUGCGCUUGUUGAUAUGUAUUCAAAGUGUAGGUGUCCGUUUGAUGCACAGAGAGUAUUUGAGGAGAUGCCUGAAAAAAAUGUGGUUUCUUGGAAUAGUUUGAUUACAUGUUAUGAGCAGAAUGGGCCUGUUAGUGAAGCUCUAGUCUUGUUUGUGAGUAUGAUGGAAUGUGGAAAUGAGCCUGAUGAAAAGACUUUUGCUAGUGUUGUUAGCGCUUGUGCUACCCUUGCGGCAAUUAGAGAAGGAACACAAUUACAUGCUCGGACUAUCAAGUUCGAUAAAUUUAGAAAUGAUUUGGUGCUUAGCAACGCGUUGGUUGACAUGUAUGCAAAAUGCAGUAGAAUUAGAGAGGCAAAGAUGGUUUUUGACCGGAUGCAGGUUAGAUGCAUUGUAUCCGAGACUUCAAUUCUGAGUGGGUAUGCGAGAUCAGCAAUGGUGAAAGAUGCAAGAUCGAUGCUUUCGGGGAUGAUGGAGAAGAAUAUUAUCGCUUGGAAUGCACUUAUUGCAGGGUAUACUCAGAGUGGCGAGGAUGAAGAGGCACUCAGAAUGUUCCUUCAAUUGAAGAGGCAAUCCAUUGGGCCAACCCAUUACACUUUUGGCAAUGUGCUUAAUGCCUGUGCCAAUCUCGCUGAUCUUCAGCUUGGCUUGCAAGCACACGGGCAUGUUUUGAAACAUGGGUUUCGAUUUGGGGAUGGACUAGAACGCGAUAUUUUCGUUGGAAAUUCACUUGUCGAUAUGUACUUAAAAAAUGGCUCCACCGAUGAAGCGGUUAAGGUGUUUGAGAGUAUGAUACAAAGAGAUAGGGUUUCUUGGAAUGCGAUGAUUGUGGGAUAUGCACAAAAUGGGUGCGGAGUUGAGGCAUUGAAUAUCUUUAAGAGAAUGCUAAGUUCGGAGGAGAAACCAGAUAAUGUCACGAUGAUUGGUGUUCUCUCUGGAUGUAGCCAUGCUGGCUUAGUUGAUGAGGGGCGGCAAUAUUUUAAAUCUAUGACUGGGGACUAUGGAUUGGUUCCAUCAAGAGAUCAUUAUGCAUGUAUGGUUGAUUUACUUGGACGAGCAGGACACUUAGAAGAAGUUGAGAGGUUUAUAAAGGAGAUGCCAAUAGAACCAGAUUCGAUUAUUUGGAGUUCAUUUCUAGCUUCAUGUAGAACUCAUGGUAAUGUGAAGAUGGGGGAGUGGGCAGCAGAGAGGCUGUUUAAGACUGAUUUUGAGAAUUCGGGAUCUUAUGUUCUGCUCUCUAACAUGUAUGCUGAGAGAGGGAGGUGGGAGGAUGUUCUGAAAUUGAGGAGGAUGAUGAAGCAGAAGGGAGUUGUUAAACAGCCAGGAUGCAGCUGGAUUGAGAUUGAGAGGAAAGUGCACGUGUUCAUGGUGAAGGAUAAAAGGCACCCAAAAAGGAAGGAGAUUUAUAGAAUCUUGAAAAUUCUCAAGAUGCAAAUGGAGAGGUUUGGUAUAGAAGAAGAAUUUUUGAUUGGUGAAUGUUGAUUUCUAAAGAGAAAUAAAGUGUUAAGGUGUUGGCUCCAUAAAGUAAAAGCAAGAUGUUAUACUUUGAAGCUCUGUUUUGCUUGCUUUGGCAUUUUUCGGCAUAGUUAGCUGGAAACUGUGUGCAACCUUCUAUACAAGCAUGCAUUAUUUUCAGUUUCCAAAGGCCCCAUUUGUGAGGAUAUGAACUGAAAGUUCAAAGAACAAGGGCUAGGAGAGUCAUCAUCCCUUUGCAAAUGGAGACAUGAAUCGCGACGAUAGGAAAACAAAGGAACAAGUGGUGGAAACUUCUGAUAAGAGGGGUAAAUGGACUGGCAAUCUUCAAGAAUUUCGAGCAACCAUAUGAAGUAAUGUACCAGGGUCUAUACACCUGGCAACAGCCGUUCCAAAAUUCUUUACAAGUUAAGAUAAAGGAACAAAUAUUCAUAACAGAUAAGGUGAAGAUAUAAUGUAGUGGAUAGUCUGGGAGAUCAAAUAUCAAUAGAUUCAAUAGUAUUAUUAUGAUUCAUGCAAAUCCAAAGAUGCUCUCCUAAGGAACUUAACAAGCAAAAUUGAGCUCACAAGAGCUUGUAGUGUACUUGUUUACCCGCUGCAUACUAAACAAAGCAAGAGAAAGUGUAAAAGUUUGUACUGGACUGAUACAAAUGAUAAUGGCCUCAAGAAGAUACUGAAUCAUGAUAAUACAGAGAGAGAAAUAUUACAUCAAAGAUCUAUAUGAUGGAUCACACGGCUUCAUCACGAGUCAAGAGUAAACUUCUGGAGAUAUAAGAUUGUGAUUAUGUCAUCCAAUAUUGAGCAGCUAGGUAUACACAGAAGCAGCGAUUUUUUUGAAAGUUGUGAUUAAUCUUUAUCCAUUACUUUUUCUAUUAUAGCUGGCUUCUGGAAGGAGAGAAAGAAUGGGAGAAAAUACAAAAUAGAACUUCAUGUUUUGACAGGCUUUAACUGGGAUUCAAAUAGUUGGGCUGGAUGUUUCAUUCCGUGUUGUCUACAGACAGAUAUAAAGUUUCUUGAAGGGAGCAGAUCACAGAGUUGGCUUCUUCAGAAUCUACAGAAAGCAGGGGUUCAGUAAACUGACCUGUCGACCGCCAGUGACGUUGACGACCUUCUCCUCCAGUGACGCCGUCGACCAAUUUCAGUCUUCGCCAAGGGUUUUGUCGAUAGUCUCCUGUGAGAAUAAGGGAGGAGGGGAUGAGAAUCUGAGGCUUUCUAUAUAUGCGUAGCAUCCUUCGGAGACGCUUGGGUGAUCGAGGAAGAUCACGAUUUCUCUAGGCGACGAAGUCGAACAGACGACUUGGGGAGUCGAACAGACGAAGCCGAUCUUGGGAGAUGAAGAACGGGGGAAAGAACGACAGCUAAGAAUGAAGCGGCGGAGCUAAGAAUGAAGCGGCGGAGCUAAGAAUGCAGCGACGGAGCUUUGGGAACUGAGGGGGCGGAGCUAAGAACGAAGCGACAGAUUAUUUUGGAAA